AUGGAGUCUUCUCGCUCAGAGGAGAGGUCCAAAGAAGUUAUCUCUAUCAUCUUUGAAGCAAUCGGCUUAAGUGGUCAAGAAGAAGAAGAAGAAGAAGAAGAGAGUUUAAUGGAUGGUGGCUUCAUAAGACUCAAAGCUUAUAGUUUUACUCGCAGUUGUUGUUGGACAAUGAAGAAAGGAAUUCACCCGCAGCUGCAGUGGAUCUCUUACGUGACACAGAGUGGUAGAUUGAUGCACGUGAUGAUGACGAGAAUCCAGCAUGUUGGCAAAGUCUAUCACUUUGGAGCUAAGCGUCAAAUGGCUCAGAACAUUGGUCAGAUUGCCAAGUUCAAGCGUAGGUUUAACGAGCAAGAAGCAGAAGCUGAAGCAGGAGCGGCCACACAAGAGAAUAACAACGAGAACCAGAAGAUGUAA